AUGUCUAUAUCAGAUGAACUUAAAGAUAUUAAUGAUAGCACACCUGAAGGUAGAAAUAAAAAUGGUAAGGAAAAUUCAGAUGAUACAAAUAUAACUAAUCGUGAAAGCCUACUUUCAAAUGACAAAAUAAUUUUAAAAAUUAGAAGAAUUAUUUACAGUUCUCUUGAACAUUAUUGGCAUGUCUCUGAACAUAUUGGAUUAAUUGCUACCUUGUUAGUUCUGAGAUUAAAAUCAAUGAAUAUGUUUUCAAAUAAAACACAAGAUAGAGCAAUUAAGGAGUUACGUGCUAAGUUUAAGACUUGGCAGAGUAUAGUUGUAGCUAACAAUCUAGUUAAAGUUGCUGAAGCAGAAGCAUCUUCCUCAUCUACACCUACAUUUAUGAAAAAAAUAUUUAGUUAUAAUCAAACUCAGAUAAACCAUAAAAUUGAAAUCAAUAAUUAUUUAAAUAAGUCAAUUAUGCUAAUUAAACCCAAAUCUAUAGAUGUUUAUAACUGA